AUGAAUCCCAUUACAUCUACCGUUGCUGCAUCCUGUAAUCGGCUUGUUCUGAGUCCGCGGACAUCUCCUCGGAGCAGUCCGAAGCCUUCCCCAAAUGUGCGAAGGAAAGCACCAUUUCUAGAUCUGCCAGAUGAGGAUAAUUUUCAGCGCCGCGACUCGAAAGAAGUUGUAGACUACAAAAAGCAACUAGCCGCAGAGACGAAACAAGCGUAUAAAGAAAAGCGAAAGGAGGACAAAAAGUCGGGGAAUGGUGGCGGAAAAGCCAAUACUCAAGCCAGCAAAGAGAAGCCUGGAAAACGACUUUUAGACGAGGCCGUGACUACAACGACUGAAAAACAAGGCCAGAAAAAAACUGGAAAUACGAAAGCUAGCAAGUCAUCGAGUAGUGCCUCAAAAAAGGACAAGAAGUGCACAAUAAUGUAA